UCAGAUCGACCACCGCACAGCUGUUAGAUGGCGGUCUCUCAAAUAUUUAGACAACGCGUUUCCGCUGCGAGGAAGUAGUUCGGCUGUUUUCGGGCUGCGCAUCGGGAAGAAGAUGGCACCCAAACAACCGUGGACCCGGAUCCUGAUCACGAUCUCGUCCUUGUUCUCCGUGGCCGUGUGCAGCGCGGCGGCGGCGAACGCCCCGCAGGAGGAGGAGGCCCUCAAUGCGGAGGCUUGGCUUCGUCAGUUCGGCUACCUGUCUCAGGCGAGCGGUCAGAUGUCCACCAUGCAGUCGGCUCAGAUUCUGUCCAAAGCCAUCAGCGACAUGCAGCGCGUCUACGGCCUAGAUGUGACUGGGCAGAUGGACCCUGCUACUGUUGCGGCCAUGCGUCGGCCUCGCUGUGGCCUCCCAGACAGAAAUCUGGAGAGGAUGGAUGGUGGCGCGAGGAAAAAACGCUACGCUCUCACUGGACAGCAGUGGGGCAAAGAUCACAUCACCUACAGCAUCAUGAACCAGCAAAUCCCCUCCUCUCUGGGCGAGGAGCGGACCUACAAUGCCAUCCGCAAGGCCUUUGACGCGUGGAGGCGGGUCACACCGCUCACCUUUGAGGAGUUACCUGCUGAAAACCGCAUCAGCAUCAACAGCAGCCAGGCAGAGCUCGCUGACGUCCUGUUGUUGUUUGCGUCUGGUUUCCAUGGUGACAUGUCUUUGUUUGAUGGCGAAGGAGGGUCGCUGGCCCACGCCUACUACCCCGGACCAGGGAUCGGUGGGGAUACGCACUUUGAUGCCGAUGAGCCUUGGACGCUGGAAAACCAAAACCCACAAGGUAUAGACCUGUUCCUGGUCGCGGUCCAUGAGCUCGGCCAUGCUUUGGGCCUGGAGCACUCCGAUAACCCCAAUGCCAUAAUGGCUCCAUUCUACCAGUGGAUUCACACACACAACUUCACCCUCCACGACGAUGACAUCAGAGGAAUACAGUACCUAUACGGCCCCCCCUUGCUCGGCGAGGUUCCACCGACUUCUCCUCCGGUCCUCGACGACGAACCCAGACACGACUCCCCCAGCUCCCCUUCUCCUCCUGAAGAUGGACCCGACCCAACUCCUCCCAGGCUCCCCCCACCCGAUUCCCCCGGCCCGACCGACGGCAUUCCGGAUCCCCCGGAGCCGAGUCCCAGUUCUACCUCACCCAACGCACCUCCCACGCCCUCCCCCACCGACUCACAGCCCCAACCCGUAACCCCACCUAUUAGAAAGGACGUCCCCCUCCCGCCUCCUCCUCCGCCUCCUCCUCGGCCCCCUGCCCCUCCCCGACCCCCCAAGCUGCCGGACAACCAGGCCCCCGACAUCUGUGACGGGGACUUUGAUACGGUGACCGUGUUGAGAGGGGAGAUGUUUGUCUUCAAGGGUCGCUGGUUCUGGCGCGUGCGGAGGAACCGUGUCCUGGAUAACUACCCCAUGCCGAUAUCUGUGUUCUGGAACGGCCUGCCUAGUGACAUCGACGCGGCCUACGAGCGCCACGAUGGCAAAUUCGUCUUCUUUAAAGAUGAUAGAUUCUGGGUGUUCAGGGAGGCCGACGUGCUGCCCGGAUACCCGCAGCCAUUACACCAGUACGGACAAGGAGUUCCCGCUCAUAAGAUCGACACAGCAAUCUGGUGGGAGCCCAACGAGUACACAUACUUCUUCAGCGGAGACAGAUACUGGCGAUACAACGAGGAGACCCGCACCACGGACCGGGACUUUCCCAAGCCAAUCAACAGAUGGGGCAGGAUCCCUUCGUCACCCAAGGGGGUGUUCCUCAGCGAUGACGGCGCUCACACCUACUUCUACAAAGGCACCAAUUAUUGGAGGUUUGACAACCGCAGGACGGAAGCGGAGAAAGGCUACCCUCGCUCCUUCCUGAGGGAUUUUGUGGGAUGUGUGGGAGCCGCCCACCCGCAGCCUGAUACGGACACCGAGCAGGGACCCAAAUACAAACCAGUCGACCCGUCAGACCGAGGCAACGGCGAGCACGGAGAGCCCGACGGGGCCGGAGACAAGGACGAGAACCCGGAGGAAGACCAGUCCUCCCGACCUGACGGCGCGGAGGAAGAGGAGGAGGACAAAGAGCUGAACGUGGUGGUGACGGUGGCUGACGACGGAUCGAAGGUCAUGACUCUGAUCAUGGUGAUUGUGCCUCUGGUCCUCAUCCUGUGCGUCCUCGUCCUGAUCUACACCAUCCUCAGGACUCUCCAGAACAAAGAGACCCCGCGGGCCUUGGUGCACUGCAAACGUUCGUUGCAGGACUGGGUGUGAAGCGCAGAACGGGGGGGAGAGAGAGAGAGAGAGAGAGAGCGCGGUAUUAAUCAUUCGCAGUCGUUACAGGCGUCUAAAUUUGUACUAAUGGCUCUGACGCGGUAGUUUAUGUCUACAAAAGCAGUGGAUGAGUCACCGUUUGGGGCCCCGUUUAUUGUCAGAGCUUUUAUCGCUCAUGUGAAAGAUAGAGGUGCCUGUGGAGCGGCAGCAUACGUUUCCUUCUACUGGCUCUUGAAGUUCUUGUGCUUUGUGCCUUGAAAAUGUCUGAAAGGGUACUUAUAUAUUUCUUUAAAGAAAAAAAAAAAUCAAUCACAGCUUUAAAAAACAAAAGAUGUAGCAGCCACCAGAUGUUUACUGAAGAAGACUCACGACACUUUUUCUAUUCAGAGGGGAGGGACCAGUAAUUUAGUCGUUGUAUGAAUGCAGACCAAGUCAGUAAUGCACAUAUGUUACACAGAAGCACACGCACUGUACAUAGACACAAACUUACGGUUAGAGAAUGAAUUAUUGAAAUACACUCAUUGAUAUGAACAAGUCUUCCAUACGCUCGACUACGGUGCCUCAACAAAUUCUAACUUGAUUCUUUGUUUGGAUCACAUCAUUUGCUCUUUUGAUUCAGUUUUGCUGAGUGUGCGUUAUUGCAGAUGCGCUUGUGUGUCCGUGUGUUUGAAGCACACUGUGCCCGUGUGUUUGAAGCACACUGACACCAGCAGAAGAAGGCCGGCGCAGGAAUGUCAGACAGCUGUGUGCGUCCGUGACCGCCCACCUCCCACUGAGCCCAUUAUGUCGGACACGCACCAGCAUCACAUGAUCUCAACUCCCAACUCUCCCUGCACAUGUGCAGACACACACACACACACGCACACGCACACGCACACACUAAGACAUAGAGACCACUUACCCAAACAAAGGCACAUAGUUUUUGCACACAGACACAAAGGCUCCAGCCCCCCAAAACCCCCCUCCCACCACAGCCUGAUGUGAGCACCACUAAAACAGCAUCCCAGUGGAGACGCCCGGGGCCACGGCUUGGAUGAAAUACAACAGAGGGGCAUUUGUACACACUUAACCAGAAGAUUUGAAAAGUGCUGUGAUGUUUUACAAAUGAUCUCUCAGCUUUCUUGCUUUGCAGCAGUAUCUCCUCCGGUCUUUGCUCUUAUCUCCUCUUUUCUGUUUUUUUUUUCGCGUUGAAGCAAAAGAGCGUAGCAGCAAAUUAAAUGAACUUGGGAGAAGCCUGCAGGCCGUAGAGCAGCGGGUCCGGCUCUGGUUUCCAUUAAGCCCACAUGCCGCUGAUUUAUUAGUGUCAGGCAUGAGGGGAGAGAGGGGCGUUGUGGAAAAUGCAAGAAGAAGGAGGUAUAAAAUAUAACGGUGGGGGGAAAAAGGGGAAAUGAGAGAGAAUGAGAUGACGAGAGAAAGAAAGAAGCCGGUGGAGGCGGUGAGUGAGGAAGGGGAGACGGAGAGCUGUGCCAAAAUUUCCUUGCCAGUUUUUUUUUUUUUCUGGAAGAGGAGGAGCAAGGGAAAAAGGGAGGACGGAUGUUUGGGAGGAAUAGCGCUGGCGUUGCGCCUCUUGACCUAGAUUAGGACACUAAAUCCACGCCUGCCUUUCAAAUGUUCUUGUUUUUGCUGGGUUUGUUUGUCAUGAGCUGUAAUCAACGUCCUCUGCGACCCCCUUCGCCCUCCAUUAUCUCUCCUUCUCUCUCAUUAUUCUCUCGUGUCACCGUUCUGCUUCUGGCUUUGUCUCGUUGCUGUAGCUCUCUGCAGUAAUUCACUCAGAUGUAUCCACUUUAUAAUGCACAGAAACAUCUACAGAAAGGGUUCAUUUAGUCUCCCUUUAUCAAUUUGUUUGUCUUGUUGUAAAGUCACUAUUGACAUACUAACCAUUACCUUUUACUUGUGUCUUCCAAUUGUGCCCAUGUUUGCUUUUUACCAUUAUUGUGCCUUUUUUCUGUGAAUUAUGAGAUGGCUUUUUUUUUUUUUUUUUACUAUAAAAAUCACGAGGGGACAUUUAAAAAAAAUGUGUUUCUUUUUCUUUUUUAAAUCGUAUUACUUGUAGUUUUGUAAAUUGUAUUUUUGCUCUGGUUUUCUGUAUGGACAGUAUCUUAGAUAAUCGCAACGUUGAUCCAUGCAGUGCAUGUUCUGUAAGGCCUGUGCACUCCUGUGUAGAGUACAUUCAAGUUUUCCCAAUAAAACGUACAAGUAAAAGCAACACAA